UGGGAGAAACUGGAGUCAACCACCACCACCAGCAGUGUGUGUGUGUCUAUGAGAGAGUGUGUGUGAGCCUCAGGACCAGAUAUUACUGACUAACCUGUUUGUUUGUCACGUUAACAUGCAUCACCCGGUCCGAGUGUCGAUCCCGUCGUUUCGGUCAGAAAACAACUCGAUCGAGAAAGGAUACACGGUCUUCAGAAUUGAUGUGCUGAUGAACGGCAGACAACAUUCUGUUGAGAAACGUUACAGUGAAUUCCACACUUUGCAUAAAAUGCUAAAGAAGAGCAUAAAGCCACCUGAGAUCCCCUCCAAACAUGUUAGAAACUGGGUUCCCAAAGUCCUGGAGCAGAGGAGACAUGGUCUGGAGCUCUACCUGCAGACUAUAAUUAUGGAAAAUGGAGUUCUCCCAAAGAUAUUCCUGGAUUUCCUGAAUAUCCGCCAUUUUCCUUCAGUGCCAAAAACAGAAAGCUGUGGGUCAUUUGAUACAGAAUCAGAGGAAUCAAGUAAACUUUCACAUCAGCCGGUCUUGCUGUUUCUGAGAGACCCCUACCUGCUGCCGUCUGCUCACGAUUCAUUCUCAAACGUUGUGAUCGAAGGUGUGGUACAUGGAGUUUUCUACCCAGAUCUUCAACCAAGGUAGAGCUGCUGACAGGGAUCUGAGGGCACAUCAUUGCAAAAAGAUGCUCCGUGUUUUCACACCAUUUUUCGGUGUGCGUCAGGAGGGACAUGACAUGUUUAGAUACACUGAGCCUCAUUUACAUUCUCCAAAGCAUAAAACAAAAAUCCAUACAUUUCUUUUCUUCUUUCAGUAAAUCACUGGUACUUCAUUUAAAACCCUUACACCCACUAACGUCUGCACCAUCACUAUCAGUUGUUUUUUUAAAUAAUCAAAACUAGUGGAUUUGAAUCCUAACAAAAUAGUUUUAGGAAGCAACUUCUGUCAGCUAUAAAAUAUAACUAUAUGUGAAACAGUUUAGCAGGUUAACAUAGAUGUUUUUAGGCAUUAGAAUCAAAAUAAUGAAUGACUAUAAAGAUUUUUUUCAGAUUACAGCAAAUAACUGCAGACAAAGCAAUGAAUGAAAUCACAGGAUCCACUGGAAGUAGAGAUAAAAGGCAGAUCAAAGUAGGGGAAGUGCUCUUUUUUGAGGGCUUUUACUAAGUAAAUACCAGAAGUUGAAACCCUGGGGAACCAGAGAGGAAAUGCUGAUGCCAGCUGGACUGAAGGUUAAUUUACCAGACACAGAGGAGGCCUGUAAAGGACAGAGCACAGGGCUGGAGUGUGGAGCUGGAGCCUGGCCUGCACACAGGGAGGUGCCACUCCCUUUGUAGCACCAGCGCUGUGGUUUUUGAAUUUGCUCUGAGCUGCCAAAUGGAGCCGUGCAAGGGAGUGCAGUGGGUCAGCGUGGAGCAAUUUUGAGCGUGUUUGUGCAUUCUCGGGGAGCUGACGGCUAUGUGCCACAUGUAAGGGUGGAAAUGAUUUGAGUUGUGAUGUGGAUCUUUUACUGAGCAUCAGAUGUUUGAGGAGGAGUGCUGCAGUGUUUGCUACUGAGCUCUGUGGGGCUUCUGGAGGAGCCGUUUGGUUAGGUGUUGAGCUUCAGGUUUUGGGCACAAAGCCAUUUUGAAAUGUAACCAUGACAGACAGAAAUAUGUGGCACAACUUGUGAGUUAGGAAUGACAUGUUAAAGGAAUACUUCACCCCCCAAAUGAUCGCUUGUAUAACAGUUACUCACUCUGUGUUACAUCGACUUUGUGAAUAAAACACUGUUUUCCUGGCAUGCCUCCGGUUAGUGAAAAAUCUAAAAACUGAGAAAAUUCUUCAUAAAUUGAAGUCGUAAGGGACUGCGUUUUAAAACAGCAAACUCUCACACAACUCAUGCAGAAUAAUCCAAGUCUCAUCUAUCCAGUCGUAUGCUCAGUACGUCCCAAACAGACAGCCCUUUCCAAUGGGGAGCUGAAUUUAAAGUGAACCUUAUCUAUGCUCUCUUAAAACCCAGACUCCAUUGACAAAAACACUAAUUUUGCCUCGCUGAACACGGGAGCUGCUGGUCUACCGCUGC